GUUUUGUACAACAAGAUGCAUCAACAUUUCAGAUGGUGAUUACGCCUGUGCAAAAGUUUGGUGCCCAGUAUCAUUGCAAGCUGAGGGAUCUGACACCUCAAAAUCUAUUGCAGCUAAUAGCCUUUGGAAAACUGACAAAGAAGUCGAAGAAGAAGAAUUCUCUGAUAGUGAUGAUGACUCAAGCUUCUAUACAGCAAGUGAAGGAGAAGAUGAACUGGAAAGUUCCAGGUUUAAAGGUGGAAAAGGGGAAAACUUUGUUUGGGUUGGCCACUGUUCGAUCACGAAAAAGAAUAAUCAUGUGACGCUUCACCUGAAACAACAGUCCAUACACAUUCCCUCAGGCCUUCUGGAUGGAGAUGGGUGUAUCUGUACCUUGGAAAUAAUAAAGCUGGCCAUCAAUCACAGGUGAAUGUUUGAAAGGUAGAUUAAAAUACAUCACAUUUAUUGUCUUGACUAGUCCUCCUGUCAAAAAUUGAGACAACUUUUAAGAAGGAGAAUGUAUUGGAAAACUUGUCGAAAGCGAAUCUUUUUUUACUAUUGGGAUGAAAUUUAUCACGAGCUUAAGGGAAACUUUACUCCAGUACAAGUUUUUGGAUAAGUGCCCUGAUACUCUUGUUUCCCAGUGUAAAAUUUUUCUCCUGAUAAGUUUAAGUGUCGAAGAUCUCUUAGUUUGAAUGCUACGGUACCCUAGUACUUGGGAUCUUGCAGGUUUCUUUACGGUUGUAAAAUUACAACUACUAGUCACUAAUCAAAACACUUAUGCUGUAUUUCAGACGAAUGAUGAACGCUUUGAAAAAACUGGAAAAAAAGGGAAAGGAAGACCUAGUUCACGACCUCUGCCUUGGAAAAAAAGAACAGCUGGGUGGUACGUUUUAUUUACCAAUUUAGUGUCCUAAAUCCAAAAGGGACCUACAGCUUACACAGUUAGUUACUUUACUAGGGGGUGGGGUAUUUGAACGUAAUAACUAAACAUUUGCUGGUUCCUCGCGAUGACUCGAAUUCUUCUUCAGGUCUCGGCCAACUGCUUCGUUUCCUUCUCCCCCGUCCCUGCGACAAGUGAUCCACGACGGCUCCGUUUUUCUCUCCAUCAAUCAUAACGGUUGCUUUUAUUUAGCUUUAACCUGAUUACUGUCAUUCAUGCAAAUCCUCCGGUCGGGAGUGUAAGAAAGUUCGCCUUGCUCAGUUGCCAAGUUGCACGUCGUCGUUUCAGUAAUAAGGGAGUUAUCCCUUUGAAAAACAUUCAGCCUGGAGGACCAGUGGAUUGCGCUUUGCUUUACCCUUACCUCUCGCCCCUGACAUGGGUGCGAUCCUAACAUGACCAUAGGAGGUCCGUGCGGCAAAGCUCUCGGACGCGUUGGGACACCAAAGCAUCCUCAACACAUACGUACUGCGUGCCUAUUAAGAUUCUUCGACGAGAAUAUUUGUCUGAGCCUUUCGCAUUGCGUAAAAAACAUCCGGAUUCCCUGCGUUAAUUGGAUUAGCCUUAUACAGAAACAUUUUCAGAGGAAUAAUUGAAUGAUUACACAUUAUUAGAUUUUACUGCAAUGUAAACCUCAGCCGAAGUGUGUUAAUAGCCAUUCAAACUAGAGAAGUCUCUAACUUACAACUGUAAAUUAUUAAGAGAUCAUUACCUGAUCAUUUUUUCACAUCGUUUGUACGCAGAAACUUCCAGAAAACAACCACGAAGCGAAAACCUAUCUAUUGUUGGCAUGAGUAAAGAACAACCUGAAAAAGCUUCAGAUCUAAACAGGGACCAACUUCAGGCAGUUAAAAGAGCUCUACGAAGCCGCUUUACUUUAAUUCAAGGACCUCCCGGUAAAUAUGCCCCAUGGUACCUAUUCAAUGUUUGGCAAAAGUUUAGCUAUAGUUUGUUAAAAGUAUUAAUUACAGCAGGGGAACCAUCAAAUGUCCAAAAGAAGAAAAAUUUGGAGACUAAAACUUGGGAUAAAAUUUACAUCGUGAAAGACAACAAAUCAAGGUCUAUGUCGAGGAGUGAUAACACAGCCUAUGCCUUUUAUGUAGUUUCUUGUCCUAAAGCAUUCUUAUUUCCUUUUUUUACAUUGUUGUAGUGUAUAGUGAUGCCCACUUGUGGAAAUGAAUGCAAGUGAUGUAAUACGCUCGGGACCUACGGAUUUGCAUGUAUAUAUUAAGUGUGUAUUUAAUUUAUUCUGAGUGUUCUUUUCGGUUAAGAGUAAGAGUGUAACGGACGUUAAUAAACGGUUUUAACUUAACCGCGGUGUGCUACGAUUAUAAUUUUCGCUAGGAACUGGAAAGACCAUAACGGGAGUUCAUAUCGCCUACUGGUUCAAUGAAGUAAAUGAAAGAGAUGAAAAGGAGAAUGCUACUGUCCUCUACUGUGGGCCCUCAAACAGAUCCGUAGAUGUUGUGGCAGGUGAGAGGAACAAAGUAUGUGAAAGUAGCGCACGCGCGACAAAGUAAGGGAGGGACCAAUGCCCCCUUCCCUGACCGCCCUCAAAAAAUGGGGCAGCCCCGUCUUGUACUCUUGAUGAAGAUCGAACGACGGAAGGUAACAGACAUUAAACAGUUUCCCACUUAUAUGACAGUGUCAUCUACCGACUCCAGUAGACCACCAUUGUGAAGUUAUGUGAUGCUAGACAUUAAGUAUUUUUUUUGCAAAUAUUUUCCACUUUAAGAGGAGAGGCAUAGAAAUAAUUCAAACCGUACUACUUGGGUACUGCACACGCCUAAUCAAUUAAGUCUUAAAUCUGAAGGGAAGCUAUGAAUGAUUUUAGAAUUCUGUAAUGGAACUCCUGGUUACUCCUAUCUGAAUACCUUUAUGUUCAUGGCAUUGAAGAUGUGUUAUUGCGAAGUAAAAAAAAGGGGUAUUGGAACCAGAGUCGUUUUCGAUUCGUAUGGGAUUUGAGCUUCUUCGAGAGGUCCAGUGUGAACGUGUGAAGUAAGGGAUGUAAUUUUAAUGAGUAAUUUUCACUGAAACAUGCAUGCUUUUUUUUGUUGAGCGCUUUAUAUACUUAAAUACUGCUUUCUCUUGAAGAGCACCUGAUAAAGAUCAAAGGCCUUAAAUCAAAGAUCCUUCGAGUAUACGGCAAAGUCAUCGAGCAAAAAAUAUUUCCACUACCGAAUGAAGUGAAAUCAUCUCGAACGAUUGGCAGCAAAGAAGAGAUGAGAGUACCUAAGAAACUGAGAGGCAUCGCAUUGCAUCACGUUAUCAGACGGACGAAAAAGGAAAAGGGAAAAAAGUCGCCGUUUGCCGAAGACCUAAGAAAGUUUGAAAAGAUGUUUGCCCAAAAGAAAAAAAAGAAGCAAGUUGUGGAUGAAGCAACAGUCUCGGAAUAUCGCGAGGUUUGAGGAAAUCAAUAUUAAAAAAUCAAUAACGGUACCAAAAGGUACAAUUUUAUUUAGCUCCCAUAACUCCGGGGUUUUUAUGAUCUAGCAAGUGCAAGAGAUGUCAUUGAUUUUAUUGAGUUAUCGUUGGUUUUUUCAAAAAGUUCCAUGCAUUUUAUGAUUUUAUAUACAGACAAGAAGAUAGAUCUUUUUUGGGUUGAACAUUACGUUAAUUGAAGCAAUUAGACUAGUCAGUGCGGAAACUGACGUCUGAAUUCGACAAAUUAGUGUUUUUGAUAAGCAAGAAAAAUUUCUGCACUUAUGAAACAUGCAAGGGAGGAAUAAGUUGAGCGUACUCAAUAAAUAUACUUCUUGAUUACUUCAAUCAUAGCUCAUAAAGAAAGCUGAGCAAUGGGCAAUUAAAAAAUUUGGACGCAUUGUCCUUUGUACCUGUUCUGCGGCUGGAAGCAAAAGAAUGGAGCAAGUCUGCGAAAACGUCAUUCAGUGCAUUGUGGACGAAUGCGGAAUGUGUCUGGAGCCAGAAACUCUCAUUCCAAUUGUGAGUUCAGAAUCGGCAAGACAAGUAGUUCUAAUCGGAGACCAUAUGCAACUUCAGCCAAUUGUAAAGAACAGAUUGGCGAAGUCACUUGGGCUGAGUACAUCCAUGUUUGAGCGAUAUGCCAGUCGGGCUCUCAUGCUUAAGGAACAGUACAGAAUGGUAAGACGUUGAAAGCGUAAGUGUCAUUAAUAUUUGACGAAACUUUGUUGGAAGGGGCUUCAUAGAGACCCGUAUAUCCUCGUAAAGAAACCCCACAAUAGGGAGAAGUGUGUGGGGGGUUUUUUAGACGGAGAGCUUUGCUGAAAACUUCUUGAGAUCUUAGAUGCGAGUCAUCAUCAUGCAUCUUAACUUUUGGCCAGCCGGUAUGCACUUCUUUGGUUGAAAAUUAGCCUUACCACAAUCGAGGUCUAACCUUAACAUCGAUCAAUAUUUUGCCUUAAACUCAUCAUAAUACACAAUUUUAAUAAAGCUGCUUGCAAACAACUUUUGUCUUUCAGCAUCCAGAUAUUUGUGAAUUCCCUUCCAGGCAGUUUUAUGAUGGACAAUUAGUCACGUCAAAGUGCGUCACAGACAAACUAAGUCAGACCACAUACGGCAGGAGUUUUUUAAAUUUCUGGCCGUCGCAUAAAGGUGACAAUUACACACCCCUUGUAUUUUGUCACGUGGUCGGCGAGGAGGAGGAGCUUGUAGUGACAACUGAAGAAGGCAAUGAACGAUCAAAGAGUAACAUGAAGGAGAAAGACAAAGUGGUAUGUUAAUAACGAUGAUGACUAUGAUCUUCAUGGCCUGGCGUCGUAAAGUUACAGUCGUAUAGUUGUAAUCCGUAUUUAUCUUCUCAACCAUAUUCUUUCCUUUUUCAGUUUAUUCUUAUCUCUAUCAAUUUGUAUUACAUUAGCCAACUGUUAUUUCAUGGUUUCUUACGUAAGCACAGACGUUUUCGAGACGUAGAAUACCUCAAAGAGAAUGCAGCUGCUUCUGUCACGCUUUCACUCCAACCAAUUAACUGUAUACAGCCGUUCUUUUGCUAUUGUAACCUAAAGCUUUUGAAUAAUAAUCCAAGAUACGCGCCCAACCAAUUAACUGUAUAUAGCCGUUCUUUUACCAUUGUAACCUAAAGCUUUUGAAUAAUAAUCCAAGAGAAUGAGAAAUUUUUAAAAAGGAAAUCGCAAAAGAGUCGAAUUUUACGUAGAGAACACGAGUGUACGUUUUCAUUUUAGGUCGCCGUGGUCAAAAAAUUGCUUAAACUUGGCGUGAAAGGAAGAGAAAAUGAUGAGUCGAGAGACAGAGGAGAUCAAGUUCUUGUUCUCAGCCCAUACCGCGCGCAGUGCCAUGUUAUUCGACAAGACCUCAUACACGAGGGUUUAACCAACGUGAACGUAACUUCAAUUGUUAAAAGCCAAGGUAAACCUGGGUAAGAAGUAAUGGGGAAGAGUGCGUGAAUGGCUGCUGAGGGAAUUAAAUUAACUACAACGAGAAAUCUGCCAUAAGUUCACUGAAAAGAGUGACAAAGCAAUCAAAUAGAGCACACAAUUAACAAAGUGCAAGGCGCAUUGAAAACAAUGAAACAGAGCCCAGGAAAAACAGUGCGCAAGAAAAUUAGGAAACCAUCAGCCAGGACGUUUGUCGUGGAAUCCACACAAGCCACUAAGUAGCUGGUCAACCAAUCAGAAAGGCUUUCCUAAUAUAUCGCUAGUGUGGAUUAUUGAUGAUAGUGAUGGUGAUAAUAGCAAUAAUAAUGAUGAUGACGAUGAAAGCUACAGCAACGAAGAUGAUAAUGAUUAUAAGUGAAAGUUUACUAGCGAUCUACUUUGCUCUAUUUUCAGGUAGUGAAAAUGAGUUCGUGAUCAUAUCACUUGUCCGGUCAUUACCAGACUCCCAGAUUGAUUACGAACCCACCGGGAGAUGGCUACGGAGAACUUGGGCUUUGUCACUGACGAACAUCAGAUGAAUGUUGCGCUGACUAGAGCGAAACAAGGACUGUGUAUUAUUGGUUAGUGGGAUUAGAAAAACAUCUUUUUAAGGAGCUUGGGUUACGUAAUAUGUGUGGACAAUAUGAUGUGGCAAGAAACGGAUUUGCUUUGCUGAUUAUAACUAACGAACACGUUCAGCUGAUUGUAGUCUUUGUGAAAUUUUCGAACCAUAGACCUUAAAGAAGUAAUGUGAAUGCUGGAACUUCCUGUCUUUUAUCCUCCUUCCCCGUUCUUGUUACUUUCGCGAGUCGUUAAAAGCAUCUAAACAUCGUGAUUGAACUGACCUUACUGGGCUCUGGUAAAAAAAAAAAAAAAUCCGACACGAAAAAAUAAAAAUAUAUUGUGUAUAUGAUUGUGUAUCAUUUCAACUUGACGAUUUGUAACCCAGUGACAGUUGUCUAUCAUAUGGACUUAAGUAGUUCACUGGUCACAAAGAUUUUUUACAUUUCUCUCAUUUUUUUCGUAUUUCUCAGGUAACAAAAACUUACUGGAGGUCUGUGAUUUGUGGAGCUCUCUCAUUGAGCAUUACCAAAGCAAAUCAUGCUUUGUGAAUGGCAGUGACUGGCCCUGAGCUGAACGUAUGUGAAGUGUAAUUUCCUUUAUACAUCAAGCUUGAGAUGGUUGUUGUCAAAGAUUGGUUUACAUCACCCGAAUAAAUGUCAACUACAAAAUCUUAUAUAGUUAGGUAGCUUUAAAAAUGUCUUAUGUAAAUUAAUGUUAUGUAGUGUAUGAAUAAAUUCUGUUUGAGCUAGUAUUUGAAAUACCUCAAGAAAUUCAAAAGAUCUAACAAAAGUAUUUAUCUCAUAUUCAUAAUCAUUUAACAUUAAUUUUAGUUUUUAUCUCGUAUUCAUAUUACAAUACUUUUAGCUAAGAUGGUUAUCACAAAUUGUCAUGUUUUCUUAUUUGUAGAUAUAAAAUUUAACAGGUAAGAUUUUAGAUUUAGCGCCAGGGAAAUGUGUAACAAAUUUCUGAGAAUGACAUCAUGGAAUAGCUCAGUUCAAAACCUUUUGUGAGUUCUUUUAUUUUAUAGAGAAAAAUUCAACAAUCCUUUGAGUUGGCUGCGAUGAAAACAUGUUAUUGCCGAUCUCUUUGUUUAUUGAUAUGUGAUAUUCGGAAAAAAAUGAACCAUAACAAGUACGAUAUUUUCCCCAAGUGAAGUUCAAUGAAAACUAAAAUGUUACGUGUCAUCCUUUCUUAAAUAAAAAGUCUAGUGUAAUAGUUGAAUAAAUUGUCGGGCCUGAGUUUUGUGUGGUUGGCUAAACUCUGCCACUAUAAGGGAUACAUAUUGUUCAACAGUGUUUAAUAUUGUUUAAUAUCCCCCUUUUGGUUACAAAGACUCUAAAUUCAAAACUGGGACACCGGCAGCGUGAAAAAUCAGUAACUGGUGUAAAAAAUCUGACAACAGUGUCAAAAAUCGGGCAGUACGGUCCGAAAUUAAAUAAAGACGUCCGAUUUUAGACAGUUGUAUCCUAUUUUAGUCAUAGCGUCUGAUUUUAGACGCUAGUGUCUGAUUUUAGACUCUAAAGUCCGAUUUAAGACAGUAGUGUCUGAUUUUAUACACUAUUAUCCGUUUCACUUGAGUCCGAAUUAAGAAACUAGUACUCGAAUUUACACAAGUAUUCGAUUUUAGACCCUAGUGUCUGAUUUCAGAGACUAGGGUCCAAAUUCGGUAAUUAUUGUCUCAAAAAAAGGCUACCUAUCUUUUAACUAAGACACUAGUGUCUAAAAUUCUGACACUAGAAAGAGCGAUCCUGUCGCGUGACUUUUCAACUUUUACACGAUUAUGACCUAAACCAAAGAGUUUGAAUCAAUUUCGUAAUUUUUCCAACGAACGAAAUCUUGAAAAUCUGACCAAACUUCAGCCAAAAGCUACUUACUUAAAUAUUAAUGAAUAAAGUUGAAAGGUUAUGAAGGGGGAUAAACAGUCUAUUGAAAAAUAUUCAGAGACUGCUGAGCCCUGUAAUAAUCAUAAGGAUGUACAUUUGUGCCGAACUGAUCGCCUCUUUCGUUUUCAUUCGACUUAAAAGGAGUAGGAUAAACGAAAAGUAAUUAACGAGGAACUUGAAUUUACACCAUGCAACCAGUCCUGUAAUGUGACAUUUUUUUGACAUGGAAACUUUGCUUUUCGGUCACAGUCAGUGGGUGACUACCAACUGUCUUGUGACACUGUUAAAAAAAAUGUAGAAUACCUGCACAAGCUAGAGUGCUAGAGUGUGAAACUAAAAUAAAACCCCCAGAUGAUAAGUAAAUCGUAUUAUCCGUACUUCGUUUUCCGUUAAAAACGUGUCUAUGUGGGAAAAUGUGACUGAACAUACCAAAGUUGUCAUAUCCUUCCAUUUAAUCAAUAUGUAGUAGUGCUCGUUUUAGUUUAUGGUUAACGAAAGGCUGCUUAUUCCCUCUCGAUAUCAUAGCUGCUUUAGCAGUUACUUCAAGACAAACGAACGAACAAGGGGUCAUUACAGUCUAUGGUAGAAAUGCAUAGUUGAUGAAAGGACCUAUGUUUAUAGUCAAUCGAUAUUUAUGGUUGGUUAUUUUACCAAGGGUAAAAGCUACAUGUAUUUGAAUUGUAGGGUAACUUAUUAAAGGCUUAUUAUUUUAUGUCAUUUCUCGGUGACUUUUCAUUUUACAGCGCAC